UUCUCGGUUCCAGGUAAUAGGAGGGGGCAGUCUUUGUAGGAUCAGGAAGGAAGUUAAAUUUACCACACAGACCGUCCCCGUACCCAUAACUCACUGUUGCAGCGGCUAGCCACGAUGCGGUUAUUCAUGCUCGUCACGUUUAUCCUGUUCUCAGGAAAGUCUGCACAUUCCUGUGAAAUUAGGUUCAAUCCUCCAAAGGUUUUUGUUAAAUAUGGAGGUUCUGCUGCAGCCAGCUGCUACAUAUCCCAGUGCAACGAUAUAGCCGGAAUGGGAUGGGAGUCUUCAUUUGGAGGAACAGGACUUAAAGAGGGUAUAUCUACUUUGAAUACUACCUUUGAUAAAGUUACGGACUGGAAUGUAGAUCCCAAGUGUUUUGUUUCGUUUCUGAAUGAUGAACAGAUCCCUAAAAAGCUACCAUUCACCGUUUACAAAAUACCAGACAAAGUAUCCAUGCCUAAGCCCAAAGACCCUAUGAGAGCCACUUAUAGCUAUGAUCUACAAUGUGAUGUUAAAGAUGUUGCACCAGCAAACAGUCUUGUCAUAAGCUGGUACAAAGGAAACAAGAUGUUCCAUGAACAGAAUUCUACACGUCAAGAUCGUUCACCUGUCGAUGAAACCUUUACCACAAAACUAAAGGUUGAUGUAGAGGAUAAUGGAAAAGAGGUCUGGUGUGAAGCCAGGCUAAAGUUUGUUCCAGAAGGGCAAAGUCCUCCACUGAACCGAUCAGAGAUACACGUAUUAAAAGUUUUUUACCCACCAGCAUUCGCUGAGCCUCAAAACGAGACCCUGGAAAAAAACGCUGGUUCAAAAAUAUCUUUAAAUGGCACGGCUGAAGGAAACCCUACCCCGAUUUACAGCUGGCACUUUAAAGGCCCUACACAACCGGAGAUCCAAAUGGAAAAUGAAACCGGGUCGAUUUUGUCUCUGGAAUUCAGAAAUCCAGGACUCUACACCUGUAAAGCUUCUAAUGUGGCGGGUACCACCACCAAAUAUUUCCAGGUUGACACACCUACAGGCGGUCAACCAGGAACCACUGCUGGGAUUUUACUCAUUGUAUUAUUUGUUGUAAUCCUUACUUUGGGAUGUGUGGUCUAUCAUAGACAAAGAAAGUCAUCUGUUGAAAGAACAUGAUGGUCUGUCCAGAGAGUGAGAAUGUAACAAAAUUCCCAUCUUCCACAGGGGAUAGGACUACCUUUAUAGCCAUCCUGGUGGUAUUUGUGGUCGUCGGAGUUCUGAUUUUCAUCGGCGGUAUCUAUAUGGUGAAAUCAACAGGAACAUGCGCUUUACCAAAAGGCAACUAUGAACCUACCUCAUCCAAUCCUAACUGAUGCUGAUUUUUGCAUACUUAAAUGUUGGAUGGCUUUCCUUUAAAGCUCUCUCUCUAAGAAGAUUUUUUUUUUUCACUUGGUGAAACAUUAAUUCUUCCAAGAACUGGGUGCUUUUAUCUGUGGUGCAUGAUUAAGUUAUCUUUGUUUGCACAUGCUUGGGUGCUUUUGCUUUAAAAAUGCUAAAUUUGUGUUCUGUGGUUGAGCUCUCCAAAUGAUUGCCUCUGUAUUAACAAACACUUCCUUUACCGGUUGCCAUAUGGGGUAAAUGGGUUUCUCAACUUAAACAAGCCAAGGCUCAAUGAUCACAUCUUUUUUUUUGGACAUAGGUCCCUCUAUGAGUUUUGAAAGUAACUUCUUUCAUCAAAUUCCUGCUGUUCUUAAAAUCAUUGACAGCAUUUUAUCAUUUUAAUUUUAGUGCUUACAUUUGAUCACUCUACUAACAGAUAUGGUGAAGUUUCCUUGAUUUUGUUGCAAUGAUUGUGUUGUAUUUGUGGGUUUUUUUUAUUUAUUUAUUUAUUUUUUUGAGUGGGCGGGUAGGGGGGAUUUUUCGGGUUGGUUCUUAUAGCCAAUAAGGUUGUUCCACAUUACCUUGCUUCUUUGUUUUGAGUUUCCUAAAACCUUCUUGUUUUUCAAGUCACUGUUUAGUUGGUUCAGGUUCCUUUUUUUGCGUUAUUCCUUUUGCUUUGGUUAGCUGAUUCUUUCUAUCCUUGCUCAGCUUCUUUUCAGUUUGUGGUUAAUAGUCAGCUACCCUGAGCUCCUCUGAUUGUGUUCUCAUUUUGACCCUCCCAGUUGUUAAAAGUCUAUUAUUUUGGUUUCCUGAAUUUUCUGGCAUCAUUCCUGCCUAUUUCCUGCUAGUCUUGCUGCUUUUCUGUUCCAAGUCAAUGCUUUCCUUAUGCAUUGUCCUUUGUUUCUCAUAGUCUUUCCUUUUUUGUAAUUCCUACACUAAAUGUGAGUCUACUGUUUUCCAUGCGGGGUUGGACCGUACACUUACAGCAAACAUAUACAUAAUACUGUUUUGCUACUGUUAGACAGCUGAAUUAAACAAUUAUUCAUAUCCUUAACAGAUCCAAAUUUUAAAUGAUUUUGAAUAUUCCAAAAACUAACUGAAUCAAAAGGAGACAGUGUUUAAUAGAUAAUGAAGUCAUGUGAUAAGGAUAAGAAUGAAAAACAAGUUUCUGCUUUUAUUUGUAGAUUUCAACUGUUUAUAGUGAUGAACUUUCUAGAUGCUUUCUUUGGUAUUUCAACUUUUUUUGUGAUGGGCUCCAAGUCUUCAGAUUCAUGCAAAAACUGAUCUGAAGGGAUCAAAACUUCUUAAAAUUAGUGUAUUUGGUGUUUGAGCAGGUAGUAAGAUGAUCUGACAAUGCAGAGUAUUUUUGCCCUUAAAGUAAGAUAAUUAGAUUUAAUGCACAUGAAAUAAGAUAAUGGAGUAGUGUUUUUCUUAAUUUAAAUGUAAAUUACCCUAUUCCAUUGACAGACAUCAAUACCUCCUGGAACAAGGGAAAAUACACUUAUUUUAAGAAAAAAUGACUUUCCUACUGUAUAUACUUUGCAGUGUUGGAAAGUCUUCUUGACAUCACGCUAUUCUGUUAAAAUCUUUUUAAUGAACUCCACUUAAUCU